AUGGCCCGUUCACGUUCUUUGCUGAACGAGGAACAGCAAACUGUUCAUCGCCUGUGCAAUGCUGCUUCAAAGGCCUGUUCACACUCUUCGCAGAAAGAGGAACAGUUGAUCCCUUUGCACGGACACUCCUUUACCCACAAGUUCUAUCCUACAACAUCUGGAACAACAAAACGUGGAGGAGAAGGAAGACAGUGGCUUCAGUUUAGGAAAGACCUGUCUGAGAACUGUAGGCGAGCCACUCAGCUUCGAUUCCCUACUUUAAGCAUAGGUUUUGCUGAUACAAUAUACAACCUAGUGCUGACUGAGAUUGAAAACAAGACUUUAGCUUUAUGCAGUGAUGUAAUGACCACUUAUGGGCUUCCCCCGGCUGCAAGGCCUACUUCAAAUGAUUUCCCUUCUGAGAUUGUUUGGGAAACAUCUUAUGACAUUACAGAACUAUAUGCAUAUGUACAGAUCAAUGAGGCACUCCUGCUACCUGACCAGAAGCAUGCCUACGACGCUAUCGUUCAGCAAGUCCAGGGUCGUAAAGGUGGCAUUUUCUUUCUUAACACUCCUGGCAGGACGGGCAAAGCAUUCGUAACUAGACUCAUUCUUGCAAAAGUAGGGCUACAAAAGUGCAUCGCAAUGGCUGUGGAAACUUCGGACAUAGCUGCUAUUCUUCUCCCUGGUGGUAGGACUGCACACUCCACGUUUAAGCUUCCCCUUAACCUCACAAGUUCACCAACGCCUGUUUGCAACAUUUCAAAGAUGUUGGACAAUGGGCAAUUGCUCACACAAUGCCGUCUGAUUAAUCCAACACGAGCGCACCCAUUGUCAGAACAUUUUGUGUGGGACAUUCUCCUUCUUGGCAAUGGUGAAGUUCCAGAAGACAGAAAUGAAGAUGUUGACAUAAGUAGCAUUUGCACAAGAGCCAGUACUAUCCAGAGACUUCAGGACCAGGUCUUCCCAGGCCUAGAAGUCCACAACAGAGAUCUAGACUGGCUUUGCCUAAGAGCCAUUUUGGCUCCUAAAAACGUUGCAGUCAGUGCAAUCAACAACAGCCACUUACUGUGUUUGCCUGGGGACGUGACAGUCUAUAAUUCAGUAGACACCAUUCCCAACCAGGAUGAGCUAGUUGAUUAUCCCACUGAAUUUUUGAAUUCCUUGGAGCCUUCAGGUGUAGCUCCAUAUAUUCUUACUCUUAAAGUAGGUAGCCCUGUUAUGCUAAUAAGGAAUUUAAAUCCACCGACGUUGUGUAACGGUACAUGCCUUGUUAUCACAAAAUUACUUUCCAAUGUCAUUGAAGCAACGAUUAUGACCGUCAGUGGUAACGGUCAAGACAUCUUCAUACCGCGAAUUCCCCUUGUGCCUUUGGCUGCUGACUUACUGUUCACAUUCCACAGAGUGCAGUUUCUGAUUAGACUCAGUUACACCAUGUCCAUUAAUAAGUCCCAGGGGCAGUCGCUGUCGGUUGUUGGACCUUACUUAGCCGAACCAUGCUUUUCACACAGUCAACUGUAUGUUGGCUGCUCAAGAGUGGAUUGUAGGAACAGUUCACAUGCCUUCAUCCCCAGUGGGAAAACUAAAAAUGUUGUUUAUAAGGAAGUUUUGUAG